AUGUUGCCUUAUUACCCAGAGCUAGAUGCCAUAUUACGCAUAGGUGCGGAUUCCGAUGACCUACCAAGUAUGGAGCUACUCCUCUCUGGGCAUGUUAGUUACAUAAAUAAGAGACCUACACUGGACAGAAUGUUCGCUUCGACGUCACAAAGAAAUGAUGAUAGUUUGCGGGCGUCUUACAAUAUCUCGUUACUUAUAGCAAAAUCCGGAAAACCGCAUACUAUCGGAAAGAAGUUAAUUUUGCCAGCCGUUAAAGAGGUUUUAAAAACGGUUUUACACAAACCAGCAUCUGAUAUCAUUAAAAGAAUUCUCUUAAGCAACAAUACUGUUGAAAGACGUAUUGAUGAAAUGCGUUCUGAUAUUGAAAGCUUCUUAUGUAAUUAUUUGCAAACGACCCAUUUCUCUAUACAACUGGACGAGUCAACUUUACCUGAUAGUGCAGCAUUAUUAUUGGCAUAUGUUCGUUUUAUUAUGAAUCAAGAAAUCUACGAAGAACUGCUCUUCGCAAGAACUUUGAUAACCGACACUAAAGGUGAACCAAUAUUUCAUGUUUUGAAGGAUUACUUCAAUGAAAAAGCAAUUCCUUUAUCAAAUAUAAUAUCAGUAGCUACAGAUGCAGCACCUGCCAUGGUGUGUACACGACUAGACUUCCGCCAUCUUCUCUCCUCCACACGAUCCGUGGAUGGGGAUGCCCAGUUGCUUUACAGGAGUUCUAGCCUAUUCGGCCACGAGAGUGAUAUAAACAUGCUCAAAUUUAUAAUAAAACAUAUAGAUCCGCUGCUAGCAAUAUUGUAUAGAUCCACAUACAUACAGGUAACAGGGCCCUACUCAAAACCAGGAAAUUAUAAUAGAAGAACCAAGAUUAGGGAGGAACGGGGAUACACGUUUCACGUCAAGGUGCCGGUCAUGACGACUUUAAAGACAGACAACACAGGCAACGGUUGGAUGGCGAUUCAUGAUGAACUAGUUCAUCCUAUCGCUUUUAGGAUAAACUGA